UGAGAAGCUCACGUCUUCCCUCUCAAGUCUCAAAGCUCCAUUCCUGGGCUGAGCUGAGCUGAGCUUCUUCUCCUUCCACUCUCUCUCUCUCUCUCUCUGGUACGAACGACAUGAAGCUCCAUCUCUGUUCUCAGGUCUCACUACUACUUCCCAGUUUCAGCUCAAAUUCAACCGAGUGAGUCAUAUCUUCAGCUCCUUAGCUGUCCAUCAAUCUCGAGAAUCCCUUUGACUGAAUCAUUCCGUUCUUAGUUUUCCUCUGUGCUUUGAUUGCUUGAAUCUCCCUGUAGCGUAGCAUAGAGCCUUUGUCAUAGUCUGCAAUCAUAUGUUUUUUGGUUUUCUGGUGCCUGUGAAUGAAAGUAAGUAUCUUGAGUCGUCGUUAGAGCUCUAUGUGAGAAUCUGUGGUUGAUUUUGUUUGAGCUGUGAAUUUUCGAUAUAAGGGUUUGCCAGUUCGAUCUAGGGAUCCGUGGGGUUGUCCGGUGUAGAUGGCGAUGGAUCCCCGUUUCGACGACCUCUCCUUCUCGAUCGAUGAUUUCAAUUUCGAUGACGGUCGUAGCCCCUUACCUGAUUCAAACCAAUCCCUGAACUUUGUCAAUGGGGUCGAGCCCGAUGAACCUGCUCUGGGGUUCGACUCCGUGACCGUACCUCCUUUCUCAACCCAGCCCGUUGCCUUGAACUACUUGCCAGUGAUCUCCACUGACGACCUCGAUGGAGAGUUGGUAUUCCCAGGUGAACUGGGUGGAGGAUCCCUCGAGCCGUCGGUGAGCACAGGCACCGGCUUGAGUGCAGGAGGAGAAUCUCCUUCUUCCUCAGAUGACAGUGAUUCGUCAGAUCCUGUUCUCAAAUAUAUAAGCCAGAUGCUCAUGGAAGAGAACAUGGAGGAAAAAAUCUGGAUAUCGCCUGAUGCUUUUGCUCUUCAACACACCGAGAAAUCGUUGUACGAUGCCCUUGGCGAGAGGUACCCUGAUUCACCCGAUCAAUUCCAUAAUUUCGAUGUCAGCCAGUUCAUUGAGAGUCCGAGUGGCAAUUUCUCAGGUAGUAGUAGCGAUCAUAGCAGUGUUGGUACCGUUCUGACCAGCACUAACUCCAGCAACUCAAUAGAUCCAAGUUGGCGACAUGAUACUGGCGAAUAUAAUCAGACCACUACACCGGCAGUUCAUGCUCUCCACCAAGUUCCUCAGUCGGAUUCCAAUUACAGUUUGCAGUUCUAUACGAGUUCUCUGAGCAACUCUAUUGGUGAUGCCAAUGAGUUGGUGGACUCCUCUGUCCUAGUCAAGAACAUUUUUACUGAUAAUGACUCUGUCCUGCAAUUCAAGAGGGGGUUAGAGGAAGCCAGCAAGUUUCUUCCGCCUAGCAGUCAAUUGGUUAUUAACUUUGAGAAUGGUAGCUCAGGUUCUGAGACUAAAAGCAGGACGUCCUGGGUUGCUGGCCAAGAUGAUAAGAGUGGAAGGGAGGACAUGCUCGGUGGAUCCAGGGGAAGAAAGAAUCAUGAGAGGGAGGAUGCAGGUUUUGAAGAAGGGAGGGCUACUAAACAAUCGGCCUCAUAUGUGGAAGCAGGAGAGGCUGAACUCUCGGAGAUGUUUGAUAAGGUUUUGCUUGCGGUGGCUCCCUGUUCUACUGACAGCUGCCGAUCAACAGAUGCCAGCCAAAGCAAGGACUUGAGGACCAGUGCACAGGUUCGUGGAUCUAAUGGUGGAAGGGGACGGGGCAGAAGACAGGGGAAUCAGAGCUCGGUGGACUUGAGAACGCUUCUGAUUCUGUGCGCACAAGCCUUAUCUUCUAAUGAUUUGAGGACUGCUAAUGAGCUGCUGAAGCAGAUUCGACAGAACUCGUCGCCUUCGGGGGAUGGAUCCCAAAGGUUGGCACACUACUUUGCAAAUGGACUUGAGGCACGUAUGGCAGGAAACGGCGAGGGGACCCAGAACUUCUGCCACGCGAUUGUUAUGCAGAGGAGGUCAGUGGCCGAUGUGCUGAAAGGUUAUCAACUUCAUAUCUCAUCCUGUCCGUUCAAGAAGUUAACCAUCAUGUAUAUGAAUUACAUGAUCUUGAAAUUGUCAGAAAAGGCUAGCGUCCUCCAUAUUAUAGACUUUGGUAUCGCAUUUGGCUUCCAAUGGCCGAUUCUUAUUCAGAAGCUGGGGGAACAGCCCGGUGGGUCCCCUAAGCUGCGAAUUACGGGGAUAGAGCUUCCACAACCCGGGUUUCGCCCAGCAGAAAGAAUUGAGGAGACAGGGCAGCGGUUGGCCCAGUAUUGCAAGCGUUUUAAUGUUCCCUUUGAAUUUAAUGCUUUGCCUUCACGAAACUGGGAAACCAUCAGAGUCGAGGAUCUAAAGAUCAGAAGUGGUGAGAUGAUUGCUGUGAACUGCCUCUAUCGGUUCAGCAGUCUUCUUGAUGAGACAGUUGAUGAGGACAGCCCGAGGGAUGCUGUCCUAAAGCUAAUUAGGGAAAUAAAGCCUGAUGUCUUUGUUCACACGAUCACCAAUGGAUCUUACAAUGCUCCCUUCUUUGUGACACGGUUCAGGGAGGCACUUUUCCAUCUUUCUUCGAUCUAUGACAUGUUUGACGCUACCAUUACCGGUCAGCAAAGGGAUUCUAAAGAGAGGACAAUUUUGGAAAGCGAGUUCUAUGGGCGGGAAAUCAUGAAUGUGGUAGCAUGUGAGGGGCCAGAGAGAGUUGACAGGCCCGAAUCCUACAAGCAGUGGCAGGUUCGUCACGGGAGGGCGGGCUUUAAGCAGCUUCCUCUUGAGCAAGAGGUUAUGAAAAAAUUACGGCAUAAACUCGAGUGCUGGUAUCACAAGGACUUCGUGCUGGAUGAAGACGGCAACUGGAUGCUGUUGGGAUGGAAGGGUCGAAUAAUCUAUGCUACUACCUGUUGGGUACCUAGCUAGGUUGUCUUUGCAGUGUCGGUACGACUUUAAGAUAUGGUUUGUAAUUUGUUAGGCAGUAUAUUAAGAUAAAUGCUUAGUUGUCUUGUGGUUUUCCGCUAACUCUGUAAUUUUAUGUACUGGAGUUACUUCUCUGUUAUCCGUAGUUAAUUAAGUUGAAGUGAUCUUCUAUCAUUCUCUGUUC